CAAAUGGACCUUUUUGUAAUAUAUAAUUCUAUUUUUAAAUUUAUUGAUAAAAAAAAUAAGGGAAAAUGAGCAAUUGGCGUCACGGGUGACGCUAACAAGUGUGGAUGGUGGACUUUUACUAAAAAGGUCCACAUGUUUUGAGAUUUCCACUAUCCAAAUCGACUUUAUUUUAUAAUACAUCUAAUUCUAUAUUGUUACUUUGUAAAAUUAUUCUGGUCAGCAGCAGCAUGUAAUGUAGUGCUAAGUUCACGGGCACAACCACCAGACUUUAUCCCAUUUUAUCAUGUCGAUCCUUUAUUAAAAACAAAACCCUUUAUCAACGGACUUUAUUGUCUCUCUCUCUCUCUCUCUCUAGUCCAAAAUUGACAAUAUUUGAAGAACACUAAAAAUAGAAAGGUUUGAAUGUGUAAACAAAGGAACGGAUCUUUCGAAAAAUUUGCGACAAUUUCUAUUGGUUGUUAGAGUUGCUAAAAGCGAUAAUUUAUAUGGGCCGCUUGUAUGACUCCUUAUUUAUCGCCGUAUCCGUCUCCAACUCGGCCUUCUCGGCCUUUUAAAGGCCCAUUCUCUUCAAUUUCAUACAUUACCAAAAAAACGCUUUUCUCCGUCGCCGUCGCCUCUUUUUACACACACAAUGUCGUGCUUCAAAUCCAAAUUCACCGAUGAGCUCAUCGCCAAUGCCGCUUACAUCGGUACUCCAGGAAAAGGUAUUCUCGCUGCUGAUGAAUCCACUGGAACAAUCGGAAAACGUUUCGUAAGCAUUAACGUCGAGAACGUUGAGUCAAACAGACGUGCUCUUCGUGAGCUCUUGUUCACUACUCCUGGAGCUCUCCAAUACAUCAGUGGUAUCAUUCUCUUCGAGGAAACACUCUACCAAAAGACUGCUUCAGGGAAACUGUUUGUUGAUGUGAUGAAGGAAGCUGGAGUGCUUCCAGGUAUCAAAGUCGAUAAGGGAACCGUUGAGCUCGCUGGUACUAAUGGUGAAACCACAACCAUUGGUCUUGACGGGCUUGGUGACCGUUGCAAGAAAUACUAUGAAGCUGGUGCACGUUUCGCCAAGUGGCGUGCUGUUCUCAAAAUCGGAAAGGAAGAGCCUUCUGAGUUAGCUAUCCAUGAGAAUGCUUACGGUUUAGCGAGAUACGCAGUUAUAUGCCAAGAGAAUGGUCUUGUCCCUAUUGUUGAACCAGAGAUUCUUGUUGAUGGAUCUCAUGAUAUUGAGAAAUGUGCUUAUGUUACGGAACGAGUCCUUGCGGCUUGUUACAAGGCUCUUAGUGAUCAUCAUGUGAUCUUGGAAGGAACACUCUUGAAACCAAACAUGGUUACUCCAGGUUCUGACAGUGGCUCCAAGGUUAAACCUGAAGUGAUCGCCGCGCACACGGUUCGUGCUUUACAACGGACGGUUCCUGCAGCGGUUCCGGCUGUUGUGUUCUUGUCUGGAGGACAGAGUGAGGAAGAAGCAACUGUGAAUUUAAACGCUAUUAAUCAGCUCAAAGGUAAGAAACCAUGGAGCUUGACGUUUUCAUAUGGACGUGCGCUUCAACAGAGUACACUCAAGGCUUGGGGAGGUAAAGAAGAGAAUGUGGACAAGGCUCAAAAGGCGUUCUUGGCUCGAGCUAAGGCUAACUCUGAAGCAACCCUUGGUGCCUACAAGGGUGACGCUCAGCUAGGUGAUGGUGCUUCCGAGAGCCUUCACGUCAAAGACUACAAAUACUAAAUGGUCAUUUACGGAAUUUUUGGAAAUUUUGGUUUUAUUGUUCUAGUUUGUAAAGUAUUUAUGAUAAAACCCUUCUCGUUGGGGAGUGGUUGUAAUUAUUCAAAAAAGGAUGUUACCAUAUGUCUACAGACGUAUUAUGUUCUGUUAAAUUUUUUUGCCCAAUUAUUAAAUUUGUAACGAAAAAAAAGAAGGAAAGAUUAUAGUAGAUGUCACUAAAAGUUGUGGGUUUUGUGGCUAC